GCAGACCGUACGAUGGUGGCAGCUCGAGAAUCCAUGAAAAGGGACUGAUCACCCGGCCAAGGGCUGGGCUGCUUCAACCACCCGCCCUUCCCACACAAGCCCCACCGUCAAGUACCGACGCCACGCACACGUGCCCCAGAUACCGUAAACCACCAAGAUGCCUUUCUUCACACGUCGUGAGCCCGAAGAGGAGCUCCCGCCUCCCGAGCCUCAGUAUGAGGAGGAACCACGAAAGAGGGGUGGCCUCCUCGGCUCCCUCCGCCGUGACCCCUCCCCAACACCAACCACUUCCACCCAAGCGACCGACUCUACGCGUCGCACAUCCAGCACCUAUCGCACGAGCCCCACGCACAACGACGGCGCCAGCAGCAUUUUUAGCCGGUCGACGUCAACAAGGACAGGCCACAGCGGCCUCCUGCGCAAAUUCGGGGCAAAUGAGGAGCUCGAUCCUUCCAUAGUCCAGGCGCGCGAGAGGAUGAUGAGCGCCGAACUGGCAGAGAAAGAAGCCGAUCGCGCUCUGGAACUUGCGCGGCGGGAGGUCAAAGACGCCCGCGAAGAGAUGAAAAGGCUUGAAUUCGAGGCCAAGGAGGAGGCCCGGCGAGCUAAAAUCAAGGCAUACCAUGCCAAGGAAGUAUCUAAGCGUGGCAAGGCUCUUGGGCGUCACGACCUACGAUGAUUUUGUGAAGUCAACUGCCCAGAUGAGGAGCAACCAAACUCCUGCAAAUGAUAAUUUGGAAAUCUUCAUGACCUACAAACUUUUAAAACUGCGCGUUGCUGUCAAAUUCUUCGUCACAAAAGCAGGAGUUAGGAGAAGGACUCAAUAACAUUCAAACUAUCUACCUAA